CAAAAAAGACUUCUAGCUUGGAAUAACUUCGGGCUUUCGAGCUUCAGCCCUAGAGAUUCAAUUCGACAGCUUUUGAACGAAUUGUCUUUUAGGGUUUAUUCAUUGAUGAUCUCCGCAUAAUUUCGAAGCAUAGGGAAGAGAGAUCCGCGACACAGACAUGGCGGUCUACUACAAAUUCAAGAGCGCAAAAGAUUACGACUCGAUCCCAACCGACGGCCACUUCAUAUCGCUCGCCAAUCUGAAAGAAAAAGUGUUUGAGUUGAAGAAACUGGGCAGGGGUACCGAUUUUGAUCUCGUUGUCACCAACGCCCAGACCAACGAAGAGUACGUUGAUGAAGCAGUGCUGAUUCCGAGAAAUACUUCUGUUCUGGUUCGUCGAGUACCUGGACGGCCUCGCAUGCCCAUAGUUACUGGAGUAGUUAUUACGCAUGACAUGCCAAAGGUCAAGGAUAGUAGCAACAAUAAUGAUACUCUACCAGCAAAGAGUAGUUUUCUAGGAGCUGAUUCAUCUGCCAUGGACAAUCAUGAAGAUCCAGAAUGGGAUGAAUUUGGAAAUGAUUUGUAUGCCAUUCCUGAGGUUCUACCAGUUCAGGCUAGCAAUCCAAUUCAGCAUGCUCCCCCUCCUGGAAAAGAUGACGAGGACAGCAAAAUCGACGCUUUAAUUCGUACUCCAGCCCUGGAUUGGCAUCAUCAAGCUUCCGACGGCUUUGGCCGUGGUAGAGGUUCUGGACGGGGUUUGGUUGCACAUGGUUUUGGUCGAGGUGGGCUGGACUGGAAAACACCUCCACAGGGCUAUGUAUGUCACAGGUGUAAGGUGCCUGGUCAUUUUAUUCAGCACUGCCCCACAAAUGGAGAUCAUAAUUUUGACCUCAAAAGAGUGAAGCCUCCCACUGGUAUUCCGAAGUCUAUGCUAAUGACAACUUCAGAUGGAUCAUAUGCAUUACCAAGUGGAGCUGUCGCUGUUUUGAAGCCAAAUGAGGCCGCUUUUGAAAAAGAAAUGGAAGGGUUGCCUUCCACUCGUUCUGUUGGUGAUCUUCCAGCUGAGCUCCACUGCCCUUUAUGCAAAGAUGUUAUGAAAGAUGCAGUGCUGACAAGCAAGUGUUGUUUUAACAGUUUUUGUGAUACAUGUAUAAGAGACCGCAUCAUAUCUAAAUCAGUCUGUGUCUGUGGAGCCACAAAUGUGCUAGCAGACGAUCUUUUACCCAACAAGACACUCAGAGACACAAUCAACAGAAUAUUGGAGUCCAACAACAGCAGUGCAGAAAAUGCCGGCAGUACUUCCCAAGUCCAAGAUAUGGAGUCUAAGAUUCCAAAGCCUACGUUUCCAUCCUCAACAAGUUCAGCAACCUCAAAAGGGGAACAAGCGCCACCACCUCAAAGCGAAGAGACUUCAAAGGUGCAAGAGUCUGGAGAAGUUGCCAAUGCUCCAAAGCAAACCUCGGAGGAAGGGAGGAUUAAAAAAAUUGCUUCUGCUUCUGGAGUUAUGCACAAUUCAAUGAGUGCGAUGGAACCUGCAUCACAAGGUAGUGUUCCAAUGGCUAAGGAAGUAUUCCAGCAGAAGCCACUUUCUGUUGAGCCAGGAAAGAAAAAGAAAAAGAAGAAAGACCGCAUGCCUCUGAACGCUGCGGAGAUUCAGUGGGAUGCUGCUGACAACACUAUGAUGUCUCUGUGCCCAUUAUCUUAUAAUCCUCGCUGGAAUGGCACACAAGCUCGCAUCGAUGGAUAUGUAUCCCCUUAUGGUGAUCCCCUUCCAUAUAUGAGUUAUGGGCUUGGACCUUUCGAUGUUCCUUUCGGCUUUUUACCCCAGGACCCAUUUGUUGCACAAGGUUAUAUGAUGCCUCCAGUCCCCCCUCAGAUGCAUGCUUCAUGGGAUCUUGCCAAUUUUGGGAUGGCCUUGAAUGCUGGACCCCCCAUUGUGAGCAGAGAGCAAUUUGAGGCUCGGAAAACUGAUCUAAGGCGGAAGCAUGAACUUGAGAGUCGGGUUGAUAGGAGAGAGCUAUCCAAAGGCAGACAAGGCAGUCGUGAAGUGGGCAGCAGUGGGAAUGCUUCUUCGUUGAAAUCCGAAUAUGUACGUUUUUUGCGGUCUAAAUUUAUGCUUUUGCUUCAUUAUGUGUGUACUGCAGGAGGUACUCUUGGUGGUACAAUCAAACUAUUUGUUAGAACAACCGUAUUUCUGGAAAGCGUAAUGCGGCUCCUGGCAAAUGAAUGCCUACAAAAUUUCCUUUCCUUAGUAAAGAUGACGGGAAGUUGUUUCGUUGCUGCAUUUGGGAUUAAACACACAACCGUAGUAGUAAUUUUGUUUUGUAUGAGGAACAGCAAGGGGUUAAAUUUAAACAAAUCUUUCUCUGUUUUCGGACUUGAGGGUCCUUCUGAUUGCCUGAGAUUUGUGGUGAAAGAAAUGAAAACCUGGACUAUUUUAGCAGUCGCUCAUACUAUGGAUGUUAUUAACGGAAGUUUCAAGCUUCCAUUUCUUUGCCAUAAAGAAAUGGAGCGGAAGGAGGGAAUCGAAGGGGUUGUCCACUUGAAGACCUUUAGUUUCACAAGGGUUUUACAACUUUUUUCUGCUUUUUUUUUUUAAAUUUAUUGUUGGGACC